AUGUUCUUAAGAAGGCAGAGGGCAGGGCAGCUGUAUAGAGGUCCUUUCAUUAUCAACACUUGCGGCUCGGGUUCUGUUAGCUAUAAUAACUUUGUCCAGGAAGUGAAGAAGAUGGGUCGAUCUUCCAAAGACAAGAGGGACAUUUAUUAUCGUUUAGCCAAAGAGGAAGGUUGGCGAGCCAGGAGCGCCUUUAAACUGCUCCAACUGGACCAAGAGUUCAAUUUGUUCACAGGAGUGAACCGAGCCGUGGAUCUGUGUGCGGCUCCUGGCAGCUGGAGCCAGGUCCUCAGUCGGAAACUCAGAGGUCAAGAAGAAAACGCUGAAGCAGAAGUAAAGAUUGUGGCUGUCGACCUCCAGGCGAUGGCUCCUCUUCCUGGAGUCACUCAGAUUCAGGGAGACAUCACAAAGAUAUCUACUGCAGAGGAGAUUAUUCGACACUUCGAGGGCCACCCUGCUGAUCUGGUCAUCUGUGACGGAGCCCCUGACGUAACUGGCCUUCAUGACGUGGACGAGUACAUCCAGGCUCAACUUCUCUUGGCAGCUUUAAACAUCACAACACACGUGCUGAAAAGAGGAGGGACAUUUGUAGCAAAAAUUUUCCGAGGGAAGGACGUCACAUUGCUAUAUUCUCAGUUAAAAAUCUUCUUUAGCGGUGUAACUUGCGCGAAGCCUCGGAGCAGCAGGAACUCCAGCAUAGAGGCAUUCGUUGUCUGUCAGAACUACCAGCCUCCUGAGGGUUACAUUCCAAAUAUGUCCAAUCCUUUGCUGGAUCACUCCUAUGAUGUCGACUUUAACCAGUUGGAGGGUCCAAAUCGUAUCAUUGUUCCGUUCUUGGCCUGUGGUGACCUUAGUGCAUAUGACUCCGACAGAACCUACCCCCUGCAGUUGGAUGAGAGCAAAGAAUAUCAGUACACGCCCCCCACACAGCCCCCUAUCCAGCCCCCAUACCAGCAGGCCUGCCACCUGCGCAAAAACAAUCUUCUGUCUAAAGAGGAUGCUCCAUCUGCCUCUAACGAUCCGUGCGUGGUGACGUCUCCGCAGAACGCCUCGCAGCUGCAUUGUUGUUGGGGGAAGAGAAGCUCGGGCUGCUGCCGAGGACUGCUACUUCAACCCUCUCUGUGCGCUCUCCCGCGGAUCUAUCCACCUCCCAGAUACCGUGGGACCCCUCCGGACGAACUCCCAGCCCUGGAUGAGCACCGCUCUCUGAGGGCUCUGCUCACAUCCUCACAGGAAACAGGGUCUAUACUGUUCAAGAUGCGGAAAAAGAGUCGAAACCAACGCACGUCCGUGUUGAAGAGAGAGUCGUCUCCCAUCAAGCCCUCGCCCAAUCGGGAGACGCUUACUUAUGCCGAGGCUCAGCGCAUGGUGGAGCUGGAGGUGGAUGGCCGCGUCCACCGGAUCAGCAUCUACGACAAGCUGGACGUGAUCUCCGACGAUGACCCCACUGCGCAGGAAAUCAUGGAGUGCAACAGCAACAAGGAGAACAAUGAAAAACCUCAGCUUGUUUUGGUCCGCUCGGUCCGGCUCAAAAACAACCAGAAGAAGAAGAACGCAGCGCUUGUGCCCGCCCCAGUGAUUCCACCCGCUAACAACACUGGUUUACUGGAGCCUAAAUUCAGGACGGUGGAGUACAAUCUCCCGGUGGUGCCCAGGAGACCGCAGUCUUAUUACCAAUUUACAGAAAUGACUGAGGAGGAGCUGGACGAGGAGGUGGAGUACGACAUGGACGAGGAGGACUACGCCUGGCUGGACCUCAUGAAUGAGAAGCGCAAAAGCGAGGGGGCCACGCACGUCUCGCACAACCUCUUCGAGUUCCUCAUGGACCGCUUUGAGAAGGAGUCGUUCGCCGCGACGCAGGGCCAGAGCGACCAGCAGUCCCAGGUGGACGAGGACGCCGUGUGCUGCAUCUGCAUGGACGGCGAUGGCGCGGACAGCAACGUCAUCCUCUUCUGCGACUCCUGCAACAUCGCGGUCCACCAGGAGUGCUACGGCGUGCCCUACGUCCCUGAAGGCCAGUGGCUGUGUCGGCAUUGCCUGCAGUGCCCCUCGCGUCCCGCCGAUUGCGUCUUUUGUCCGAACCGCGGCGGCGCGCUGAAGCGAACAGACGACGACCGCUGGGGGCAUGUGGCGUGUGCGAUAUGGGUGCCCGAAGUCGGAUUUUCUGAUACAGUUUUUAUCGAGCCCAUCGACGGAGUGCGUAACAUCCCCCCGGCUCGCUGGAAGCUCACCUGUUAUCUAUGUAAAGAGAAACGUGCGGGCGCGUGUAUACAAUGCGACAAAAUGAACUGCUAUGCCGCCUUCCACGUCAGCUGCGCGCAGAAGGCCGGGCUGUUCAUGAGAAUAGAGCCGCUGAAGGAUGAGUCGCCUUCCGGAGCUACCACUUUCUCUGUCAAAAAGACUGCCUACUGCUGCGCACACACGCCCGACGGCUGCGACCGGAGACCGCUGAACGUCUACGAGGAGCCGCACCGGAGGAACGGCGUGUGCCAGAAGAGGAAAGCGCGCACGAAAAUGUGGCACCGCAAGAAGGUCCGGAAAGUGGAGCCGCCGCCAGUGGCAGAAACAGAAGGGGAGACGCCAACCUGCAACGGGCCGAGCAUCACAGCGUCAAGCUUGGACACCAUCCUGAACCUGGUGUCGGUGCAGAGGAAGCGUCCCUUCGUGGAGCGGGUGCUGAGUUACUGGGUGCUAAAGAGACAGUCGAGAAACAACGUGCCUCUGAUCCGGAGACUGCAGGCCAACCCCCAGCAGCCCAAAACCAAACAGCCGAGUCGUGCAGAAGCAAACAGAGCCUUGAAGGAACAGCUGAAAGAGUGGCACCGCCUUCGCCACGACCUGGAGAGAGCCAGACUCUUGUUGGAGCUCAUCAGAAAGAGGGAGAAGCUCAAGCGAGAAGAGAUGAAGCUGCAGCAGUCGGUCCUGGAGAUGCAGCUGACCCCGUUCAACAUCCUGCUGAGAGCCGUGCUCCGGCAGCUCCAGGAGAAGGACCACUACAGUAUUUUCGCUCAGCCCGUCAACACCAGCGAGGUGACGGACUACCUGGACGUCAUCAAGAACCCCAUAGACUACUCCACCAUGAGGAGGCGCAUCGACGACCAUGUGUACCGGAGCCUGGACGACUUCGAGGCGGACUUCAACCUCAUGAUCGCAAACUGCCUGACGUACAACGCCAAGGACAAUUUCUUCUACAAGGCCGGCCUCCGCAUGCAGGACCACGGCGGGGCCAUCCUGAGGCGAGCCCGCAGGGAGGCGGACCGCAUCGGCUUCGACUUCCCCAGCGGGAUCCACCUGCCCGAGGCCCCCAAGCUGGAGGAGGCCGAUCCGUUCACCUGGGACGUGGUGGACCAGCUUUUGACCCCCAAGUACCGGCAGAGCACCCCACUGGAGGAUCAGCUCAAGGAACUGCUGCAGAAGCUGGACCUGAGCCGGACCAUGAAGCAGAGCCCGUCCCGCAGCAAGAGGCUCAAGCUCCUGAAGAAGACCAUCACAGAGGUGCGCACAGAGAUCGGCCUCAAGAAGCCCCGCCCCCAUACGCCGCCCCCCCAGGAACCGCCCCCAUCACCAGCUGAGUCAAAACCACUACCUGUACUCCAAGCCGCAGCCGCCCCAGAGGAGACGUCGAUACCUCUGCCCACGCGGCCAGCCUCGCCCACGCACUCGCCUCCUGCAGGCGUAUCUCCAGGCUCCACCCCCUCCGUCACCAUCACCGCGGCGGACACAGACACUAGGCCCACGGAGCCGGACACAUCUACCUCACCGCCGCGGGGCACUCCCAACGGUCACCUCCCCAACGAGCUCCACCUGGAGCUGCAGCCAGAGCUGUCGCCGCGUGGCAACAGGCGCAGCAGCAUCCUCUUCAGGAAGUCCAAGAGCGUCAGUCCCCACAAGACCCCGCCCUCAGAGGAGGCCGAGGCGCCGCUGGCCAAAACUUUCCUCUCUGUGGUCAUCCCGCGCCUCGAGACGCUGCUGCUGCCCAAGAAGAGGACGCGCAGCAGCAGCGUCGAUGCUCACAACGAGUUGCCGAGGAAACGGCACAGCACAGGGCUCACAAACGGUUUUGUGGAGGAAGAGGAAGAGGAGAGCUUGCCGCCCUCUCGGCCUCUGGAGCCUCGCAGACGCUGCGCCUCAGAGUCCAGCCUCUCGUCCAGCGACGUCCUCUGUGGAGCCAGAACCACGUCUGUUUCCAAGAACGGCAAGAGUCGACCGGCAGCGCGCAGGAGCACCGUGGACGAUAAGAGCUCAAUCCUAAGCUGUGUGGAAAACGGAGAGUUCCCCAACUCUAAAGUGUCCACAGAUAAUGGAGCCUCGAACGCUGCGGAAGAAGGACUCGGAGAGCAGAUGCAGUUCAAGUCCGCAGAGAAACUCUUCCUCGUCCACUUCUUCGACAGCAGACGCAGCUGGCAAUGGCUUCCUAGAUCCAAGAUGGCGCCCUUUGGCCUCCAGCCGUCUGUGGACCGCCUGAAGCUGCUGGAGUCAUGCUCGCCGUUCCACCGGAAGGCCGUGCGGCUCGCCUUCGACCGCGCCAUGGACCACCUGCGGCGCUCGCGGGGCCCCCUCCCAAACAGAGCCGCAAUAAACCAGCGCUCAUAG